GCUGGUGUGUGGAAGAAGUGGCUGAGCGCUGCUGCCGAGCGCGUCGCGGUGGCGGCGGGCGAAUGGGCGAAUCGAUCCCUCUGGGCGCGCCGGUGCCGGUGGAGCAGGCGGUGCUGGAGACCUUCUUCUCCCACUUGGGCAUCUUUUCGUACGACAAGGCCAAGGACAAUGUGGAGAAGGAGCGCGAAGCCAACAAGAGCGCCGGAGCCAGCUGGCUCUCGCUGCUGGCGGGUCUGGCCCACCUGGCCGCGGCCGAGAAGGCCUACCAUAGCAUGACCUUCCUGGGCCAGAAACUAGGUGGUCAGUCAUUCUUCAGCCGAAAGGACUCUAUAAGAACUAUAUACACAUCUCUGCACAAUGAACUGAAAAAGGUGGUGGCAACAGGUCGGAAUGCUGUGGGAGGAACAGCCCCUCAUUUAGAAGAACUGCUUUCUCACCUGUCUGAACAACUCUGUUUUUUUGUUCAGGCGCGGAUGGAAAUUGCUGACUUCUAUGAAAAGAUGUAUAGCCUCAGUAGCCAAAAGUUCAUCAAUUCUGAGGAACUAGUAAACAUCUUAGAAUCCAUCCUAAAAAAAUAUAGCUCAAGAUUUCAUCAUCCAAUCCUUAGUCCUCUUGAAAGCAGUUUCCAGUUAGAGGCGGAUGUGCUUACCCAUCUUUUGAAGGCUCAGGCACAGAUCUCUGAGUGGAAGUUCCUCCCAUCUUUGGUCCAUUUGCACAGCGCUCACACAAAACUGCAGACAUGGGGACAGAUUUUUGAGAAGCAACGAGAAACUAAGAAACACCUGUUUGGCGGUCAAUCUCAGAAAGCUGUUCAACCUCCACACCUCUUCCUAUGGCUGAUGAAACUCAAAAAUAUCCUCCUUGCCAAAUUUAGCUUUUAUUUUCAUGAGGCACUUAGUCGACAAACAACGCCAUCGGAAAUGAAAACUUUGACUGCAAAAGCCAAUCCUGAUUAUUUUGGGAAAAUUUCCAGCUUCAUCAGGAAAUAUGAUGCUGUUAACGUGUCUUUAAUCUUUGAUAACCGUGGGUCAGAGAGCUUUCAGGGGCAUGGUUAUCAUCACCCCCAUUCCUACAGAGAGGCCCCAAAGGGUGUAGACCAGUACCCAGCAGUGGUAUCUUUGCCCAAUGACAGACCUGUGAUGCAUUGGCCCAAUGUCAUCAUGAUUAUGACCGACAGAGCUUCGGACCUCAACAGUUUGGAAAAAGUGGUCCAUUUCUAUGAUGACAAAGUUCAAAGCACAUACUUUUUGACUCGUCCUGAACCUCAUUUUACCAUUGUAGUUAUUUUUGAAUCCAAGAAGUCUGAGAGAGACUCUCAUUUUACCUCUUUUCUCAAUGAAAUUUCAUAUUCCCUUAAGAACUCUAAAGCUUUUGCAAGCCUGAAGCCUGGAUCCAAAGGAUAAUGAACACUGGAUGUUAAAACCAUCUAUUGGACUGCAACAAUACAAGCACCAAGUUUUCAGAAAUAUCCAUGUUGACUUUUAAAAAUAUAUUUUAAUACGUGUUUAAUGUUGAAUAUUAAUAUUUAAUAAGUAUUUGUGGAAUGAAUAAUUUGAAUGAUAAAAAGUUAAGUGGGACUAACAUAAAAGCUACAGAAACAUGCACUAUAAGGACCAGGAUGGUGUUUUGCUCAACUGCUGUAUUAGUAUUUUUUUUUAAGUCUGACACCUUGUUGCCCUUACCUGAAUGGAAUAUAUGCACUUUAUAAUUUGCUGGACAUUCACUUGCUGGAAAUUUGGUCUGAAAAAAUAAGGAGUGGAUUCCUUCUGCUAUUAAUCAUCAGUCAUAUUCACUGGAAAGUAUUAGAACUUGGAAGCAAAUAAUUGCAAUAAAUUAAAUGCAACUUGGAAAAGUA